AUGUUGCGAUCAGUGGCGGUCGUACCCUCCAACCCCUCUGAUGAAGAGUCCACUCCGGAGAGAAUAACCAGGAUCUCCGGACCAUUCCGGAAGAUCCGUACCCUCGGCGAGGGAGGUUUUGGAAAAGUGUUCGAGGUCGAACACGGAGAUAUAAGAUUUGCCCUGAAGGUGGCCCCGAAAGACGAGGUGUCCAUGACGGAGCUGAGGAUGCUGAAAGCCAUGAGACACCCAAACGUGGUCCGCCUAUUGGUGGAUUACGUAACCGACGAACGGCUCUAUCUUGGGGUCGAGCUGAUGGAGGGAGACCUGUUGGAACUGGUCCAACGACGGGGACCUCUGCCGGAGGGGGAGUGUUGUGAUAUGUUGGGGCAGGCUUUCGCUGGGCUGGCGGCCUGCCAUGCUCAGCGUAUCCUGCACCGGGAUAUAAAACCGGACAAUUGUCUCCUCCGGGGUCGGCGGGUCUGCAUCGCUGAUUUCGGGCUCGCCUGCCGACUUAAUCAGAGGUUCCCGACCACGUCGCGGCGAGCUGGUACUCCCCCAUUUUGGGCACCGGAGGUCCUGAAAAGGUUGCCAUUCGGACUCCCCUCGGAUGUGUGGGCCAUGGGAGUGACGGCCUUAUACAUGGCAACCGGGAAGCUACCCUUCAUGACGCCGAAUGGGGAAAAGAAGGUCAUGAACUUGAUAGGACACUACCGCGGGGAGGAGAUGCUCGAGGUGCCAGAGGGAUUACGCAGCAGCCUGGUGGAACUUCUGAGGGUUGAUCCAGCGCAUCGCCCUUCCGCUGCAUGA